GUUGUGCAUCACGUUCGACUUCUGUUUUGCUAUAUUUGUAUUGUAUUGUCAUCUCAUUUCAUUUAUUAUCAUCAUUAUCAUUUUUGGUAUGAUUUAAUUUUAAACUGAAAAAAGACGAAUCCUUUGCAUGCAUCCCAUUGGAAGAUGUUUGGGUAUAUCUGGCAGUGUUUCUAUUCCUCCUGUCUGCGUUUCUGGAUGAAAUGGCUUCUUCGUCUCGUGACAGGAACAUGCGAGCUGCAGCGGAUCUGUGCACAAUGCAAAGCUGGAGCACUCAGGACAUCACAGAUAGAAUACUCUCUGAAGUCCUCCAAAAGCAAGGUAUUGCGGUCGGCUUUAUCUGUGAAGGAGGAAGAUUUGGAGGACCGAGUGACUCAAAUAAUUCGGGAAAAGAGGAUCAAAGUACAGAAAGAUCCUAGAUUUAAGAUGAAUCUUCAGCAAUGCUUACUACAAAUAACCGGAUAUAGUGAACUGUUUGAGACAGUUGAAGAACUACGCAAAGAGGUGUUUGACUCGGAAAAUGAGGAACAUGAGAGGAUGCUUCUCAAGUUGUGGGACUUGUUAAUGCCCACGGUCAAGCUGGAAUCGAGAAUCACUAAACAGUGGUGCCGAAUUGGCUUUCAAGGCGAUGACCCGAAGACAGAUUUCAGAGGGAUGGGCAUGCUCGGCCUCACAAACCUUGUUUUUUUUAGUGAAAAAUACACAGAUGCAUCCCGCAAGGUUCUGUCACAUUCAAAUCACCCCAAACUCGGGUACUCGUAUGCCAUAGUGGGCAUCAAUCUUACUGAAAUGGCGUACAGCUUAAUGAACAGUGGAGCUUUAAAAUCUCAUUUCUAUAAUACAGUAUCUGGAAAACCCCAAAUGCAACACUUCCAUCAGUUCUACUGUUACCUGGCGUAUGAGUUUGAUAAGUUCUGGUUGGACGAGGAACCAGAGAGCAUCAUGGAGUUCAAUCGCUACAGGGAAAAGUUUCACGACAAGGUCAAAGAGCAACUCCAGGCACCAGGGGUCACGCUUUCCUUGACUUUGGACCCACGCAAAUAACAACUGCAUUCCAGCACAACAGCAAAUAAAGGAGUAACUUUUUCUCUAGCCGUUAAAUGAAAAUUUUCACUUUUUCAAGGAUAUCCAUAAUUGUUUUUAACAAAGAAAUGUACAAUGUGCAUGGAGAAAUACAGCAUAAAGUGUGUGGGUUUAGCUAAUUGGUUAGCUAUAUUUACAUGGUCAGGGUAAAGACUUAAACUGUUAAGUAUUGUUUAUAACACUAUUGUGCAUUAAAAGUAAUAUAAUCAAUCUCAAAUUAAUCGAUCGGAAUUGAUGUUUAGGUUGUGUUCUGUUAAUUCCCAUUUCUUUGUAACAAUUACCCAUCUCAGGAAGUUGACAUUUCUGUUAAUAAUCAAAAAUUAUAUUAGUAAGUUGUUUUUCUUUUGCAAAAUCUUUUGUGUGCAGUGCAUUCAGACUAUUUUGCAUGUUUGUGUUAAAGUUGUAACGUCAUCACCCAUCUGUAUAUUUCUUAAAUUGUGGCCUAUAACAGGAAAGAGUAUUUAAAUAUCAGUUUUUUAUCUGUUCUGUGAAUAUUGUUACCUCGACUCAAUUCCAAAGUACAAGAAUUUGUAAUGCACAAAGCCUUUAUGUAACAUUGUGUCGUGUUAUUUAAAACCUUUGUAUUUGACCCUAUUAAUUUUAUAGUGUUGGUUUCAUACCUGAUGUUAAAAAAUAAAAGUAGUGAGUGACUGUUAAUAAAUG